UUUGCACAGGUUUAUUUGCUCCCUGAUAAGAAGAAAAAGUUCGAGACGAAAAUUCACCGGAAGACAUUGGAUCCGGUUUUUAACGAGUCAUUCGUCUUCAAGGUACCCUAUUCAGAGAUAGCCAAUAGGACGCUGGUCUUCACGGUUUACGAUUUCGACAGAUUCUCCAAGCACGAUCAAAUAGGUCAGGUCAGAGUUCAACUGAACUCAAUUGACCUGGGUCAGAUUGUCCAUGAGUGGAGAGAUCUAACCAGUCCAGAGGGAGAUAUUGAAAAAGACAGUAGAUUAGGAGAUAUAUGCUUCUCUCUGAGGUACGUGCCGACGGCCGGCAAGUUAACGGUCGUCAUCCUGGAGGCAAAAAAUUUGAAAAAAAUGGAUGUUGGAGGACUGUCUGACCCGUACGUGAAACUCUGCCUGACGAUGAAUGGAAAGAGACUGAAGAAGAAGAAGACGACAAUCAGAAAGUGCACUCUCAAUCCAUACUUCAAUGAGUCCUUCAGCUUCGAAGUACCCUUCGAACAGAUACAAAAAAUCACCCUGAUUUUAACGGUAGUCGAUUAUGAUCGGAUCGGUUCUUCCGAUCCGAUCGGUCGAGUCAUACUUGGCUGCAACUCGUCUGGCACGGAGCUACGCCAUUGGUCAGAUAUGUUGGCCAAUCCGAGGAGACCAAUCGCCCAGUGGCACGCCCUCAAAGAACUUCCGGAUAAAAAUCAGGGAGGGGAUGAUGAUUAG